UUCUACCGAUAUUUAUGGGCUUUUGUUGAUCUCACUAUGAGGGCAUUGGCUUUUGAAGUCUUUGUGCUGUUACUGACAUGUACCUAUGCAACUAAAGAAGCCAAUAAGAAGAGCAAAAAGCUUAAACCAUCUGUGCCUCAGAUCGACUGUGAUAUCAAAGCAGGGAAGAUAAUCAAUCCCGAAUUUAUUGCAAAAUGUCCCGCUGGAUGUCAAGAUACCAAAUAUCAUGUUUACGGCACUGACAUUUAUGCAUCUUUUUCCAGUUUGUGUGGUGCUGCUAUUCACAGCGGUGUGGUUGAUAAUUCAGGAGGGAAAAUCCUCGUUCAAAAAGUAGCCGGACAAUCUGGUUAUAAAGGAAGUUAUGCCAACGGAAUACAGUCCUUGUCUUUACCACGGUGGAGAGAGUCCUUCAUAAUAGCAGAAGGUAAACACAAAAAGGGUGUGACCUACCCAACAGCUCUUGAAUAUUUGUCAUCCAAAGGCUCAACGGUGAAAGCGGCUGAAACCACCAAAGUUUACCAGAAGGCUACGGUGGCAUCAGCAAUCACACAACUAACCACUUUGGCACAAGAAACUACCCCCACCUCAACCGAACCAACCAGCUCAACUCUAAAACCAACACCACCGACAGUUUCUAGCACUACAGUCAGCAAAACUACACCCUCUAAACUUCAGGGGGUGCUUCACAGGACCAGAAAUAUCGGAUUGAGAGCCACUGCAGCCUACACAACUCACCGCAAGACACCGCAGGCCAGUACAGGAGAGACGGAUUCAUGGAAACCUGAAUUGGGUCCUUUCGAAGCAGGAUUCAGUCCAAAGGAUGAACUGAACACAAGAACAUUGGAGCCAGUGUCCCAGGGAGACCCAAAGUGCAAAAUCGAUCUCUCCUUUUUAAUCGAUGGAAGCUGGAGUCUUGGCAAACGCCGUUUCCAAAUCCAGAAGCAGUUCCUGAAGACCGUGGUCCAAGCUCUGGAUGUGGGCCCAGCUGGUCCUCUCGUGGGAAUUGUCCAGUAUGGAGACGACCCGUCCACAGAAUUCAACCUGAAGACUCACGCGAAUUCCAGAGACCUAAAGGCAGCCAUAGAGAAAAUUACCCAGAAAGGCGGGCUUUCCAAUGUGGGCAGGGCCCUCUCAUUUGUCAACAAGAACUUCUUUUCUGAUGCCAAUGGCAACAGAGGAGGCGCACCCAACGUAGCCGUUGUCAUGGUCGACGGGUGGCCCACGGAUCGAGUGGAGGAGUCUUCUCGGUUUGCACGAGAAUCCGGCAUCAAUAUUUUUUUCAUCACCAUUGAGGGAGCGGCUGAAAGUGAGAAGCAGAACGUGGUUGAACCCAACUUUGUGGAUAAGGCUGUUUGCAGAAGAAAUGGCUUCUACUCCCUCAGCGUGCCAAGCUGGUGGGGCCUCGACAAGGUCGCCCGGCCCCUGGUCAAGCGGGUGUGCGAUACCCACCGCCUGGCGUGCAGCAAGACCUGCCGGAACUCGGCCGACCUCGGCUUCGUCAUCGACGGCUCCAGCAGCGUGGGGACGGGCAACUUCCGGACGGUCCUCCAGUUCGUGGCCAACAUCAGCAAGGCCUUCGAGGUGUCCGACACGGAGACGCGCGUCGGGGCCGUGCAGUACACCUACGAGCAGCGCCUGGAGUUCGGAUUCGACCGGCACCGCACCAAGUCCGACGUGCUGAACGCCAUCAAGAGGGUCAAUUACUGGAGCGGGGGCACCAGCACUGGGGCGGCUAUUCGUUACGCUCUGGAACGGCUCUUCAAGAAGUCCAAGCCCAACAAGAGGAAGCUGAUGAUCGUCAUCACCGACGGCAGGUCCUACGAUGACGUCCGGGUCCCCGCCUUGGCUGCUCACCGAAACGGCGUGAUAACCUACGCGAUAGGCAUCACGUGGGCGGCCCAGGACGAGCUGGAGGUGAUGGCCAGCGACCCCGACAAGGACCAUUCCUUCUUUGUGGAUGAAUUUGACAACCUCUACAGCUUCGUUCCUCGGAUCAUCCAGAACAUUUGUACAGAGUUUAACGCACAGCCACGGAAUUGAGCGUAAAGCCCGGCACGAGGACAAAAUCUUGUGCUGUUCAGCAAGAGAACCACAGAAAUACCUUCCCCAUACUAGCCCCCGGCAGAAGUCCUAGGAAUAAUAUGUGGCGACACUUUACAGCUAGAAGAAGCUGAAUCUUAGACCUGGGUAUAGACCGGACUCUAGAGGCUGAAGCAUCUUUCUUCCCCUUUCCCCCUACCUCUUGUCCUUUCACUUGUUCCAAACUCGGAACUAGGUUGAGUGAUAGUUAUAAUGAUACAGUGAGCCGAGCAAGAAAUCAUGCAUUCAGGACCUUGCGUUUCCAGAAGAAAUUUUUACACCGGCGUGGAGAGGCAGGGUAUCAUGUUAAACAGGCACAACUUCCCUUUCAGCUGUGCUACUGUACAAGAUGUUUCAUUAAAUGCUUAA